UGCCGCCCCGGUGACCUUCUGGGGCGCACAGGCAGCAGCAAGGCAGGGCGCCGGCCCCCCCAGGACUGAAUCCCCCCUCCGUCACCGUCCGGUUCCAGCGUCCUCUCCCUGCCCACCCAGCUCACAGUGGCCAUGCAGAAAGCCCGGGGCCCGCGAGGCGAGGACGCCGCCCCCAGGGCCCCCGCCAGCCCCGGGGUGCCCCCCAAGAGACCCAAGGUGGGGGCGGGCGCUGGCGCUGCGGCCGGGGCUCCUGUCUUCCUGCGGCCGCUCAAGGACGCGACGGUGCGGGCAGGCGGUGAUGUGCGGCUGCGGGUGGUGGCCAGCGGGACCCCCCCACCCAGCCUCAGCUGGUUCCGUGACGGCCAGCAGCUGCCCCCGCCUGUGCCCGAGCCAGGCUGCCUGUGGCUGCGGGGCUGCGGGGCCCGGGACGCGGGCGUGUACAGCUGCCUGGCCCAGAAUGCGCGGGGCCAGGCCUCCUGUCAGGCGGUACUCACCGUGCUGGACGCAGCAGACUCAGAGGCCCAGGACGACAUCAGUGACGGGCAGGGGACCCAGCGUCUGGAGCUUCGAGAUGACGGGGCCCACAGCACCCCCACGGGGGGCUCUGACACGCUGGUGGGCACCUCCCUGGACACCCCCCCGACCUCCGUGACGGGCACCUCGGAGGAGCAGGCCAGCUGGUGGGGCAGCGGGCAGACGGUGCUGGAGCAGGAAGCGGGAGGCCCAAGGCAAGCACAGGCUACCGGGCCACGGCACCUGGGGGUGGAGCCGCUGGUGCGGGCAUCCCGAGCUAAUCUGGUGGGCGCAAGCUGGGGGUCAGAGGAUAGCCUCUCGCUGGCCGGCGACCCGUACGGCAGCGCGUUCAGCCUGUACAGAGGACGGGCGCUCUCCAUCCACGUCAGCGUGCCCCCAGGUGGACUGUGCCGGGAGGAGCCCGCGCCCGCCAGCGAAGCCCCGCGCCGUCCCGCGCCGCCGCCCGCCUCCAAGUCCGCCCUGCUGCCGCCUCCAUCCCCGCGGGUGGGCAGGCGACCCCCGGCCACGCCCGAGGAGCCCGAGGACCGGAGGGGCCGCAAGCCCAAGCUGUCGGGACCCGAGUCCCGGCCGCAGACGCCGUUGAGCGAGGCCCCGGGCCGCUCGCCCCGCCUGGUGCGCGCCGGCUCCCGCAUCCUGGACAAGCUGCAGUUCUUCGAGGAGCGGCGGCGCAGCCUGGAGCGCAGCGACUCUCCGCCCGCUCGCCUGCGGGCCUGGGUGCCGCUGCGCAAGGCGCGCUCGCUGGAGCAGCCGCGGCCCGACGGCGAGGGCUGGGUCAGCCCCGGGGCCUCGCGGGAGGAGCUGGCGGGGCCGUCCGGGGGCGCCGGGGUGGCCGAGCGUCGCCGCCUGUUCCAGCAGAAGGCCGCCUCCCUGGACGAGCGCUCGCGGCUGCGCGGGGCGGCGUCGGAGCUGGAGCUGCGCUUCGCCCGGGAGCUCGGCCGCAUCCGGCGCACCGCGUCUCGGGAGGAGCUGGUGCGCUCGCACGAGUCUCUGCGCGCCACCCUGCAGCGCGCCCCCGCCCCGCGCGCCCCCGGCGCGCCCCCGCUCUUCCCGCGGCCCGCCUCGCCCCCGCCGCCCCCCGGGCGGGUCAGCCCCGCCGACCCGGACCACCAGCCCCCCAGGCCCCACGGCCGGACGGAAGCGGCCGAGGGCCCGCAGCAGGAGGUGCGGCGCCGGGCCCGCGCCGUCCAGGAGUGCCGCAGCCCCGUGCCUCCCGCCGAGACCCCCGACGCCAGGACCGCUGUGCCCCCCGGCCGCAAGCGGGAGCCCCCCGCGCAGGCCGUGCGCUUCCUGCCCUGGGCCACGCCCGGCCCCGAGGGCGCCACCGCACCGCACACCCCAGAGGAGAGGAACCGCGCGGGGCCUGAGGCUGAGAAGAGGCUGCGCAGGGGCCCCGAGGAGGACGGGCCCUGGGGGACCUGGGACCGCAGAGGGGCCCGCAGCCUGGCCCGAGGACGCCGCGCGCGGCCCACCUCGCCCGAGCUCGAGUCUUCUGAUGAUUCCUAUGUGUCUGCGGGCGAGGAACCCCUGGAGGCACCCAUGUUCGAGAUCCCCCUGCAGAAUGCUGUGGUGGCCCCUGGGGCUGAUGUGCUGCUCAAGUGUAUCGUCACCGCCAACCCUCCACCCCAAGUGUCCUGGCAGAAGGACGGGGCAGCCCUGCGCAGUGAUGGCCGGGUCCUGCUCCGCGCCGAGGGGGAGAGACACACCCUGCUGCUCAGGGAGGCCCGGGCGGCCGACGCCGGUAGCUACACAGCCACAGCCACCAAUGAACUGGGCCAGGCCAGCUGUGCCGCCGCACUGGACGUCAGACCUGGCGGCUCCACGUCCCCAUUCAGCAGCCCCAUCACCUCAGACGAGGAGUACCUCAGUCCCCCCGAGGAGUUCCCUGAGCCUGGGGAGGCCUGGCCCCGAAGCCCCACUAUGAAGCCCAGCCCCUCCCAGAACCAGCCUCCCUCCGACUCUGCCUCCAAGGCGCCCCCCACCUUCAAGGUCUCACUGAUGGACCAGUCGGUGAGAGAAGGCCAGGAUGUCAUCAUGAGCAUCCGGGUGCAGGGGGAGCCCAAGCCUGUGGUCUCUUGGCUACGGAACCGCCAGCCCGUGCGCCCGGACCAGCGGCGCUUCUGGGAGGAGGUGGAGGGAGGGCUGUGCCGCCUGCGGAUCCUGGCGGCCGAGCGGGGCGACGCCGGCUUCUACACCUGCAAGGCCGUCAACGAGUACGGUGCCAGGCAGUGUGAGGCCCGCCUGGAGGUCCGAGCACACCCUGAAAGCCGGUCCCUGGCCGUGCUGGCCCCCCUGCAGGACGUGGACGUGGGGGCCGGGGAGAUGGCGCUGUUUGAGUGUCUGGUGGCGGGCCCUGCCGACGUGGAGGUGGACUGGCUGUGCCGCGGCCGCCUGCUGCAACCCGCGCUGCUCAAAUGCAAGAUGCAUUUCGACGGCCGCAAGUGCAAGCUGCUGCUCACCUCCGUGCACGAGGACGACAGUGGUGUCUACACCUGCAAACUCAGCACCGCCAAAGAUGAGCUGACCUGCAGCGCGCGGCUGACUGUCCGGCCCUCGCUGGCGCCCCUGUUCACGCGGCAGCUGGAGGAUGUGGAGGUGCUGGAGGGGCGCGCUGCCCGUCUAGACUGCAAGAUCAGCGGCACCCCACCGCCCAGCGUCGCCUGGACUCGGUUCGGCCACCCCUUGGAGGAGAGCGAGAACCUACGUCUGCAGCAGGACGGCGGCCUGCACGCCUUGCACAUCGCCCGAGUGGGCAGUGAGGACGAGGGCCUCUACGCGGUCAGCGCCACCAACGCCCACGGCCAGGCCCACUGCUCGGCGCAACUCUACGUAGAGGAGCCACGCAGCGCGGCCUCGGGCCCCAGCUCCAAGCUGGAGAAGAUGCCGUCCAUCCCCGAGGAGCCCGAGCUGGGUGAGCUGGAGCGGCUGUCCAUGCCCGACUUCCUGCGGCCGCUGCAGGACCUGGAGGUGGGGCUGGCCAAGGAGGCCAUGCUCGAGUGCCAGGUCACCGGCCUGCCCUACCCCGCCAUCAGCUGGUUCCACAACGGCCACCGCAUCCAGAGCAGUGAGGACCGGCGCAUGACUCAGUACAGGGAUGUCCAUCGCCUGGUGUUUCCGGCUGUGGAGCCGCAGCACGCCGGCGUCUAUAAGAGCGUCAUCGCCAACAAGCUGGGCAAGGCCGCCUGCUACGCCCACCUGUAUGUCACAGAUGUGGUUCCGGGCCCCCCAGAUGGCGCCCCCCAGGUGGUGGCUGUGACAGGAAGGAUGAUCACACUGGCGUGGAACCCCCCCAGGAGUCCGGACCUGGCCAUCGACCCGGACACCCUGACCUACACCGUGCAGCACCAGGUGCUGGGCUCCGACCAGUGGACGGCACUGGCCACAGGCCUACGGGAGCCCGGCUGGGCAGCCCUAGGGCUGCGGAAAGGGGUGCGGCACGUCUUCCGGGUGCUCAGCGCCACCGUCAAGAGCAGCAGCAAGCCCUCCGCCGCCUCUGAGCCUGUGCAACUGUUAGAGCACGGCCCACCCCUGGAGGAGGCCCCUGCCGUGGUGGACAAGCCUGAUGUGGUGUACGUGGUGGAGGGACGGCCUGCCAGCGUCACGAUCACCUUCAAUCAUGUGGAGGCGCAGAUCAUCUGGAGGAGCUGCCGGGGAGCCCUCCUGGAGCCCCGGGCGGGCGUAUACGAGCUAAGCCAGCCCGACGACGACCAGCACUGUCUGCGCAUCUGCCGGGUGAGCCGCCGGGAUGUGGGGCCCCUCACCUGCACGGCCCGCAACCGCCAUGGCUCUCAGGCCUGCUCGGUCCCGCUGGAGCUGGCAGAGGCCCCUCGGUUCGAGUCCAUCAUGGAGGAUGUGGAGGUGGGGGCUGGGGAGACGGCGCGCUUUGCUGUGGUGGUGGAGGGGAAGCCCGUGCCGGACAUCAUAUGGUACAAGGACGAGGUGCUGCUGACGGAGAGCAGCCACGUGAGUUUUGUGUACGAGGAGAACGAGUGCUCCCUGGUGGUGCUCAGCGCGGGGGCCCAGGACGGGGGCGUCUACACCUGCACUGCCCGCAACCUGGCGGGCGAGAUCUCCUGCAAAGCCGAGCUGUCCGUGCUCUCAGCUCAGAGCGCCAUGGAGGUGGAGGGCACUGGGGAGGAUCAGGAGCAGCGAGGGAGGAGGCUGAGCGACUUCUACGACAUCCACCAGGAAAUCGGCAGGGGUGCCUUCUCCUACCUGCGGCGUGUGGUGGAGCGUAGCUCCCGCCUGGAGUUCGCGGCCAAGUUCAUCCCCAGCCAGGCCAAGCCAAAGGCCUCGGCGUGGCGGGAGGCGAGGCUGCUGGCGAGGCUGCAGCACGACUGUGUCCUCUACUUCCACGAGGCCUUCGAGAGGCGGCAUGGGCUGGUCAUUGUCACUGAGCUCUGCACUGAAGAGCUGCUGCAGCGGAUGGCCAGGAAGCCCACCGUGUGUGAGUCUGAGAUCCGGGCCUACAUGCGGCAGGUGCUGGAAGGGAUAUGCUACCUGCACCAAAGCCACGUGCUGCACCUGGACGUCAAGCCCGAGAACCUGCUGGUGUGGGACGGCGCGGAGGGCGAGGAGCAGGUGCGCAUCUGUGACUUCGGGAACGCCCAGGAGCUCACCCCGGGGGAGCCCCAGUACUGCCAGUACGGCACGCCCGAGUUCGUGGCACCUGAGAUUGUCAACCAGACCCCUGUGUCUGGAGCCACAGAUAUCUGGCCCGUGGGCGUCGUGGCCUUCCUCUGCCUGACAGGCAUCUCACCCUUUGUGGGGGAGAACGACCGCACGACACUCCUGAACAUCCAGAACUACAAUGUGGCCUUCGAGGAGAACACGUUCCUGAGCCUGAGCCGGGAGGCCCGUGCCUUCCUCAUCAAAGUGCUGGUGCAGGACCGGCUGAGACCUUCUGCAGAGGAGACCCUGGAGCAUCCCUGGUUCAGAACAAAGGCCAAGGGCACAGAGGUGAGCACGGAUCACCUGAAGCUCUUCCUCUCUCGGCGCAGGUGGCAGCGUUCCCAGAUCAGCUACAAGUGCCACCUGGUGCUGCGCCCCAUCCCGGAGCUGCUGCGGGCGCCCCCAGAGCGGGUGUGGGUGGCGGUGCCCAGAAGAGCACCCCCCAGCGGGGGCCUGUCCUCCUCCUCCGACUCGGAGGAAGAGGAACUGGAAGAGCUGCCCUCCGUGCCGCGGCCCCUGCAGCCCGAGUUCUCGGGCUCCCGCGUGUCCCUCACCGACAUUCCCACCGAGGAGGAGGCCCUGGCGGGCUCGGAGGCGGCCGCCGCCACCCCCAUGGACUGGCAGGAGCAGGGAAGGGUGCCUCCGCAGGUCCAGGACCCCAGCCCGCAGGCCCUCCCCUCCCCAGGCCCGGAGCCCCCCGCCGGCCCCAGUCCCCCGCGGGGUGAGCUCCGCAGAGGCAGCUCGGCUGAGAGCGCCCUGCCCCGGGCCGGGCCGCGGGAACCGGGCCGGGGCCUGCACAAGGCGGCGUCGGUGGAGCUGCCGCAGCGCCGGAGCCCCAGCCCGGGGGCCCCCCGCCCGGCCCGGGGCGGUCUGGGCGAGGGCGAGUAUGCCCAGCGGCUGCAGGCCCUGCGCCAGCGGCUGCUGCGGGGAGGCCCAGACGACGGCAAGGUCAGCGGCCUCCGGGGGCCCCUGCUGGAGAGCCUGGGGGGGCGCGCCCGGGACCCCCGGCUGGCGCGAGCCGCCUCCAGCGAGGCGGCGCCCCGCCACCAGCCGCCGCCCGAGGCGCGGGGCCUGCAGAAGAGCAGCAGCUUCUCGCAAGGGGAGGCCGAGCCCCGGGGCCGACACCGCCGAGCAGGGGCGCCCCUGGAGAUCCCCGUGGCGCGGCUAGGGGCCCGCAGGCUGCAGGAGUCGCCUUCCCUGUCUGCCCUCACCGAGGCCCAGCCCCCCAGCCCGGUGAGGCCUGGCGCCCCCAAGCCCAGCAUCCCCAGACCCACCGGUGCCCCCAAGACCUUGGAAGUCCCUGCGGCCGCCACGCCCGGACAGCCGGCCCCCGAGAAAAGCCCAGAAACCACUCCGGAGCCGGCCCGCACCCCCAAACCCUCUCAGCCCCCCGCGGCCCCGCAGGCCCCCGCGCUCCCCCGCACCCCCUACGCGCAGAUCAUGCAGUCGCUGCAGUUGCCCGGCCAGGCGCACGCCGCCCCGCAGGGCCCCGCCGCCCCGCCGCCAGAGCCCCAGCCCCACCCGGCUGUGUUCGCCAGGGUGGCCUCCCCGCCGCCCGGGGCCCCCAAGCGCGCGCCCUUGGUCCGCGUGCCCGCCGUGCCCCCGCGACCGGGCAGCAGCCGGAGCGGCAGCAUCGAGAACCUGGAGUCGGAGGCGGUGUUCGAGGCCAAGUUCAAGCGCAGCCGCGAGUCGGCCCUGGCGCGCGGGCUGCGGCUGCUUAGCCGCUCGCGGUCGGAGGAGCGCGGUCCGUUCCGCGGGGACCACGACGACGGCAUGUACCGGCCCAGCCCCGCGGGGACGCCGCUCGAGCUGGUGCGGAGGCCCGAGCGCUCCCGCUCCGUGCAGGACCUGCGCGCACCCGCCGAGCCGGGCCUCGUGCGCCGCCUGUCGCUGUCGCUGUCGCAGAGGCUGCGGCGGACCCCGCCGGGGCAGCGCCACCCGGGCUGGGAGAGCCGCGGCGGGGACGGCGACAGCUCGGAGGGCGGCGGCUCGGCGCGGGGCUCCCCGGUGCUGGCGAUGCGCCGGAGGCUCAGCUCCACGCUGGAGCGCCUGUCCGGCCGCCUGCAGCGCAGCGGCAGCAGCGAGGACUCGGGGGGCCCGUCGGGGCGCAGCACGCCGCUCUUCGGACGGCUACGCCGGGCCACGUCGGAGGGCGAGAGCCUGCGGCGCCUGGGCCUCCCGCACAACCAGCUGGCGGCACAGGCCGGCGCCACCACGCCUUCCGCGGAGUCCCUGGGCUCCGAGGCCAGCGCCACGUCGGGCUCUUCGGCUCCUGGGGAAGGCAGGAGCCGGCUCCGCUGGGGCCUGUCGCGCCUGCGAAAGGACAAGUCACAGCCGAACCUCUCCGCCAGCGUCCAGGAGGAUUUGGGUCACCCCUAUGUACGCAGCGAGUCAGACUUCCCCCCAGUGUUCCACAUCAAGCUCAAGGACCAGGUGCUGCUGGAGGGAGAGGCGGCCACCCUGCUCUGUCUGCCUGCUGCCUGCCCAGCCCCCCACAUUUCUUGGAUGAAAGACAAGCAGUCCCUGCGCUCGGAGCCGUCAGUGGUUGUAGUGUCCUGCAAGGAUGGCCGGCAGCUGCUGAGCAUCCCCCGGGCGAGCAGGCGGCACGCGGGGCUCUACGAGUGCUCGGCCUCCAACGUGCUGGGCAGCAUCACCAGCUCCUGCACUGUGGCCGUGGCCCGCAUCCCAGGAAAGCUAGUCCCUCCGGAGGUGCCACAGACCUACCAAGACACGGCACUGGUGCUGUGGAAGCCGGGAGACAGCCGGGCGCCCUGCACCUACACGCUAGAGCGGAGGGUGGACGGGGAGUCUGCCUGGCACCCGGUGGCCUCCGGCAUCCUCGACUGCUACUACAACGUCACCCAGCUGCCCAUCGGGGUGACCGUGAGGUUCCGUGUGGCAUGUGCCAACCGGGCUGGGCAAGGCCCCUUCAGCAACCCUUCCGAGAAGGUUCUGGUCAGGGGCCUGCAAGAUUCCUCGGAGGUGCCAUCUGCUGCUCCCCCAGCCACCCCUGUUACCUCAGGGCCUGCCAGGGCCCCGCCCACUGACUCUCCUACCUCACUGGCCCCCACCCAAGCUCCAGUUCCCCCAGCCCUCCAGACAGCUGCUCUCAGCCCCUCGUCUCCCCAGACGCCCCCUCAUCAGGCCUUGUCCUCACUCAAGGCUGUGGGUCCACCCCCCCAGACCCCCCCACGGAAGCACAGGGGCCUGCAGGCCUCCCCGAAGGAGCCCACACCUUCCGUCCCUGACACUGGGACCCCUGCCCCAGCCUCCACAUCUCCGGGGGCUAAGCCAGUGUCCCCCUCCACCCCCCUGUACAUGGUGACCUCCUUCGUGUCUGCACCACCGGCCCCCGAGCCCCCAGCCCCCGAGCCCCCUCCCAAGCCCCCCCAGGUGAUUGUGAAGAGCCUCAGUCCAGCCCAGGAGGGGGUCAGCUCCCAUGGGGGUGCCCCACCCAGCUCCCCCGGGCCAGAGGGCAGCACUCUCCGGCAGGGACCCCCUCAGAAACCUUACACCUUCCUGGAGGAGAAGGCCAGGGGUCGCUUCGGUGUGGUGCGCACUUGCAGGGAGAACUCGACAGGCCGCACAUUCGUGGCCAAGAUCGUGCCAUAUGCGGCGGAGGGCAAAGGCCGGGUGCUGCAGGAGUACGAGGUGCUAAGGACGCUGCACCACGAGCGCCUCAUGGCCCUGCACGAGGCCUACAUCACCCCGCGCUACCUGGUGCUCAUCGCUGAGAGUUGUGGCAACCGGGAGCUGCUCUGCGGCUUGAGUGACAGGUUCCGCUACUCCGAGGACGACGUGGCCGCUUACGUGGUGCAGCUGCUGCAGGGCCUCGACUACCUGCACGGCCGCCACGUGCUGCACCUAGACAUCAAGCCCGACAACCUGCUGCUGGCCGCCGACAACGGCCUCAAGAUCGUGGACUUCGGCAGCGCCCAGCCCUACAACCCGCAGGCUCUGCAGCCCCUGGGCCACCGCACCGGCACGCUGGAGUUCAUGGCUCCUGAGAUGGUGACAGGAGACCCCAUCGGCUCUGCCACGGACAUCUGGGGAGUGGGAGUGCUCACCUACAUCAUGCUCAGUGGACGCUCCCCCUUUUAUGAGCCGGAUCCCCAGGAGACGGAGGCUCGGAUUGUGGGAGGCCGCUUUGAUGCCUUCCAGCUCUACCCCAACACAUCCCAAAGCGCCACCCUCUUUUUGCGAAAGGUCCUCUCAAUCCAUCCCUGGAGCCGGCCCUCCCUGCAGGACUGCCUGGCGCACCCCUGGCUGCAGGACGCCUACCUGAUGAAACUGCGCCGCCAGACGCUCACCUUCACCACCAACCGGCUCAAGGAGUUCCUCAGCGAGCAGCGGCGCCGCCGGGCAGAGGCCGCCACCCGCCACAAGGUGCUGCUGCGCUCCUACCCUGGCAACCCCUAGCGGCCAGGACUACGGCGGGCACAUUCCAGGGCCCGGGGCUUCCAUCACGGACACCACCAGCAGCAACAUCCGGCCAGGACGUUCCCUCAAUUACCGGGAAGAGACCGAGGUCCCAGGCUGUGGCCAGAGUCCAGGCAGGGACCCAACCCCCGCUGGCCAGGCUGGGACAAGAAAAAAAAAAAAAGAAGCGGAGGGCCAGGGACAGGGAGAAUAGGAAGGUUCAGAGGUGGGGGGGGGUGGCAUCAGUGCUUCCAGGGGUAAACCAGCCCGGGCGAUCGCAGUGGCGAGAGAGGAGGAUAGAGAAGGAGCCCAGGGCCGAGGAAAGCUGGGAAUGAAGUUGGUGGAGCAGGAACAGUAAGUGGAGACAGUGCUAGGGAGCCAGAGUUGGCGCAAGAGAGAGGGAGGGAAGCGAGAUGAGGAGGAGAAGAGAGGACUCAGUGGGGCUGGGCUGGGCCCGGGGCCAGCAUCCCCACAGGAGGCCUGUGGAGGACGGGAGGCAGUGGACACUCCUGUCGUGCCAACGCCCUUCUGUCCCCUUGUUUGCAGCUCUGGGCACCGUGUACUGGCCCAGGACAUCUCCACCAGCCCUCUGUGGCCUUUGUCUUUCUCCCUGCCCACAUUUAUUUAUUUAUUGACUUCUGUGAUGUCCUCCCGUCUAGUCCCCAUCUCCGGUGUUGUCCAGACUGCCCUGUCCCCACCCUCCCGGCCGGUCAUCCAGCUGUCUUUCUGUCUGUCAUGAGGAAAAUAAAAUUGACAAGCAGCGGCAA